AGCAGCUUGCUCUGGAACUGCAAUAAUCUAACGGUCUUUUCUAAAUAUAGGAUCAUCAAAGUUGCAGACAUGGUGACUCACAUGGCGAGCUCGAGAAUGACUACGGCGUUUUGGGGCUGCACUUUUUUGGGUUUCCUCGUCUUCGUUGGGAUCGGCUUCAUUUCCACAAACAUGUAUGAGAACAGCAUGCCGAGUUCAAACUGGGCGCCACCUCACAAGAUGCCCAACAGGAAAUUUUCCGGCACACGUGGUGAAGAAAUCUGUGACGUCAAGCAAAACUUCGUGUUCGUGAAGGUACACAAAGCAGGAGGAACAACAGCAACCUGCAUCUUCCAACGCUUCGGCUACGAACACAACCUGACCUUCGUUCUUCCUAUGAAGAUCAAUAGUGAGGUCGGCUGGCCCAACUUCUUAAAACGAGAAGACUUCAUUCCGUCAGCGGACGGCACAUUUAACCUUCUAGUUGAUCACACUGUCUAUCAUAGGAAGUUGUUAGAUCACAUCAUGCCUCCCGAUACUGUCUACAUCGCUAUACUUAGACAUCCGCUAGCUCAACUCAGAUCUGUUUUCAACGGGUAUGGCCUUGCCAAAAGGUUCCCUGAAUUGAAAGGAGUAGAUCCUGUUGCUUCGUUCCUGAAGGAUCCCGAAAAAUACCAAAUUCCUUACGUCACAAAGUCAAAAGCACCUUACACCCUUUCCAAGAACUUCAUGGCGUACGAUCUUGGAUUCCCUCCAGGACUUUUUGAUGACCGGUUCUCUGUCGAUGAGUUUGUCCAAAAGAUAGCCAGAGAAAUUGAUUUGGUUCUUAUUUUAGAGCACUUCAGCGAAUCGCUUGUAUUGUUGAGGCGGAUGAUGUGCUGGACGUUGAAAGACAUUCUGUAUAAUGUUAGUCCCAAAAAUCUGAAGGAAUACAGAAAACCAACAACGGAAAAUGCAAGUUUAGUUGAGGCUCAUCGUCGCUGGAGCAAUGUGGAUUAUAUUUUGUAUGAUUAUUUCAAUGCGACGCUUUGGCAGAAAAUUCAAGAUGAGAACAACGAUUUUCACCAAGAGGUGCGCCAUUUUGAAAACGUACUGCAGUCAAUGACGACAUACUGUACCAAGGCAAUCCUGAAAUUCGAAGUUCAGAAGAGACUGGUCACUCGUAGAGCUAGGGCAGCAAUCAAGAAGGUACCAAAUGUGACGCCAGUUUCUACGUGGGAAGUUAACAAUGCAUCGGGAAGGCAGACAAUUCCGAGAACAGCUUGGCACGAUCAGUUUGAUUUAGAUCCGUACUUGUGCCUAAAGCUGAAAAUGGAAUGGCAGGACUGGGAAUACGUUUUGAAAAAGAAACAUGUGCACAAGCCGAUGGUGAAAAAUGGUACAGAUACAGUCCGAAGCACCAUACAAUACACACGUCCCAAAAUUCUGCAUCAAACCCUACUUUCAAAUGUCUUCAACAUAACGUCGGAACAGGACGUGUAAUUGCAAAAGACGGCGUUUCAAAAGUUAGACAUAUUCUUAGUGCUUGUGUUAGCUUCUGUAAUUGAUACUGUUCAUUGUUUUCCUUAUAUUAAUCUGGACACAGCCACUUUUGGCUUUAGUGUUAGCUAGGCCAUGUUGAGUCGAUUAUAUGAUGUCAUCCUCUGGGAAGCCCAAAACUGAUGUGAGCGUACGAAUAAAGCGUUUUGCAAAAAAGUUGCAUUCCUACAGUCGCUGCGCAUGCGUAUUUGAAACGGUGAAAAUACUUAUUUGAGAUGCUGACAUGGUUGAGCCAUGUUUGGAAAUGGUGUCCUACCGUAACCAGGCAGGUGGUGCUAUUAUAUAUAGAGAUCACGGGAGGCUUCUUUUUAUACUCCUUGCAUAAAUCAAUCAUCAAAAG